AUGAUAGGAACAACACGGUGGCUGGCUACAGUUCGAAAAACGUUUCCGCCGCGGCAAAUUACUCCCCCGAGGAUGAUACUGCGGAGACGUUGCAGCAGCUCUUCACGGAGCAAACAGCUAUGUUUGAGAACAUGCUGCGAGAAAAAAACAACCAGCAACACGAAACAUUGCAGGAUGGCGGUGGUGGCGCGAACAACCAGAAAGGAGGCUCUACUCAGACCGAGGUAA